CCUAAUUAUUUAUAAAAGGUCGCCUUUUUCUUUAUUAUUGAUUGAUCGGAGUGGGGAACUGUAAACCCUUUUAUUCUCUGUAUUUUUAUCUUGAAAUUUCAACACAUUUGGGAAAGAAAACUGAGAAAUUGUUCUUCUUUGAUUUCUGGCUGUAAUGGAGGAGAAGCCGUACUGGGGGACGGGAAGCCCUUAUGGUGUUCCGUCGCCGACGGGGUCUAAUAAUGGGGCCGAUUUGUUGUCGCUCGAAUCGAGAAUUUCCAGGCUGAGAAUAUCGCCGUCGGAAUCUGACCACGGCCGCCUCCUCGUGCGCGGGGUUGGUCGUCGGGAGGCGACGCCGAUGGCCGGUUCUUUGUGGGGUGGCGGGGCUGAGCUCGCGGCGGGGUGGCGAUUGGACUCUCCUCUCCCGGUGGCAGCGCAUCGUCGGGUAAGGGGUUUACCGACGGUGGGCCACUUCGGCGAGUUAUUGGGCUGUGGUGGAGCCCAUUUGGAUUCGAAUGUGGGCCCGGAUUGGAGUUGGGCCCCUUCGUAUCCCGAACAUUCCAGCGGCGACCCUAAUCUCAGGGCCCCCUUCGCCGCCGCCGCCGCUUGGCUGCGUUCCCGGGGCGGAGAACAAGUGUCAUCGGGUAACGAAAAAGGUGAAAGAUUUGACCACGAUUUCGACACUUUCUUGGCCCGCAAGAAACCAUUACUGCACAGUACCCCAAAUCCCAAAUUUCCGAUCCUCAAUCCCUCGAACCAAACCGCCAUUCCCAGAAACCCUCAAAUCCAUCUCCGGCGGAACCCGGAAAACGCGCUGUUCAAUCUCGACCAGAUCAGGGGGAAGAUACUCGCCCUCGCGAACGACCAAACCGGGUGCAGGAUCCUGCAACACAACCUAAACCUAUGGACCAACGAGGAAGUCGACGUCGUACUGAACGAGCUGAUCGACUUCGCCGGACAUCUGUUGAAGCAUCCCUCCGGCAGUUACCUGAUUCCGAAGCUUUUCUCCGUGUGCUCCGAGGAACAGAGGCUCCGGAUAAUCCUGGCAUUGGCGAGGACUCAAUUUGAGCUCAUUUCCAUAUGCUUAAACGCUAUUGGGGCUCGAGCUAUGCAGAAGAUUCUGGAAGAAAUUAGGUCAGCACAACAGAGGUUGAUUGUGAUGAAGACUUUAAGGGUUGGUGCUGUUGAUUUGGCCUGUGACACUUAUGGCCACCUUGUGAUUUCUUAUUGCCUCUCCAACUAUUCAUUCGAAUUCAACGAGGGAAUUAUCAAUGAGAUAACAAAUGCAUGCCUCCCAGUGGCAACCAACAUAAGAGGAUGUCGCCUGCUGCAGCUAUGUGUGGAGAAUGCUUGUGGAGAUGUCAAAGAACGUUUGGUGCGCGAGAUUUUAGCAAACUCUGUCAUCCUCUCCGAAGAUCUCUAUGGCAACUAUGUGGUCCAGCAUCUUCUUGAGCAGAACAUCCCUGGAGUUGAGGAUGCACUUGUUAGGAUUCUUGAAGGCAGGUUUGUGUCCCUUGCGUGCAACAAAUACGCGAGCAACGUGGUUGAGAAGUUCUUCCUCAAGCCGGGAAAGAACACUUCCAAAAUCAUAAUGGAGUUCAUCACCAGCCCAAAUUCCUCCAGGCUCCUCGUGGAUCCCUAUGCCAACUAUGUCAUCCAGAAAGCCCUCAAUGUCGCAACGGGGGAGCCAUUGAAAGGGCUUGUGGAUCUGAUCAUGGUGAAUGCCACAACCAUGCAAAGUAAUAAGCACGGGAGAAAGAUCCUUUCUUGGACAAGAAAUGGAGGGGCUGUAAUGCAAUUUUUCAGAACAAACAUGUCACAACAAAACAAGUCUUUCAUGUGAAAAAGAAAAGAAAGGGCAUUUUAUUGAAUUGGCGUAGUACAAUCCAACACACUUGAUGAGAAUUACAACGACAUAAGAUGACAGUGAAAUCUAAUUAAUUAAACAGCAGAGCAUUUGAUCAAACAAAUUGCUUAUUUAUUAUUAUUGUUAUAAAUCUUAAUUAUGAACGAACUAGCCAGCCCUCAUCAUCUCUAGCUAGCUAGCUAGCU